AUGAAGUCUCGACUGCUGGUCCUGCACCGACCGUCUUCCAGCGCCGCUCUCCGCCUCGCCCCUCCUCGCCCUCUUUCCGUUCCGCAGUCGCCCCGCCUUCGGCAUCAGCUUCAUUUGCAAUCCUCAAUUGCUCGACCGCGUCAUAUCCCCUCACCGUCGGUGCCCUCUCAACGACCUCGCCACCUCUCCAGCAUGAAUCAAGCCGUUGAAGAAGCCAAGCGCGCGGCUGCCAAGAUUGCCGUCGCCAACCACUACCCCGAAAACGCUCGCUGGGUGGGCAUCGGUAGCGGUACGACGAUUGUCUACGUCGUCGAGGCGAUCACGGCCCUCGGUGUAAAUACCGCCAAUACUCGCUAUGUCCCCACCGGUUAUCAGUCGCGUCAGGUUAUCUUGAGCGCGGGCUUGACUCCGGUCGAGUUUGAUGCGUUGCCGACGGGUACCGUGCUGGAUGUCGCAUUCGAUGGCGCGGAUGAGGUGGAUGAGGAUCUGAAUUGCAUCAAGGGUGGUGGUGCCUGUCUCUUCCAGGAGAAGCUUGUGGCAAUGCAAGCCAAGGAAUUCAUUUGCGUUGCUGAUUCCCGCAAACUCCAGACUCGUCUGCUUUCCAACUGGAAAUAUAUCCCGAUUGAAGUGGCCCCCAUCGCAGCCUUCCGCGUCCAACGGCGACUCAUCGAGCUUGGAUCCAUCAACCCCGCCAUCCGCAUGAACACGGAUCUCAAGCAAGGUCCUCUCAAGACUGACCAGGCCUUCCUCCUCAUCGAUGCCCCCUUCAAGCCGCUCCUGACCAAAGCCGACGUCGACAAUGGCCAAGAUGGCUCCGGGAAAGAUGGCGUGUGGGAGGUGAGCGCAUUGUCGGAGAAGAUCAAGGAGAUCACCGGUGUCCUCGAAGUGGGCAUCUUCUCCGGUAUGACGGGUCCAGAGGCCGCGGUGGCUGGUGGUCUUGGUGGUCAACGGCCUGUUGCCGCGUACUUUGGUAUGCCUGACGGGUCCGUUUCCGUGCGCAAGGCGCCUUGA